CCCGGAGUCAAGGACCAUGCGGGGAUCUGUGCCUACUUCCCCUCUGCACUUUGCGUCUGUGUCUCACACGGUGUGGUUUCCUGUCUAGUUGCCCUUCUUUCCAGAAUUCCUAGGCAACGCACCCCGGAGGUGUGUAGCUAAGAUUUUUCAGUUCAAAGGAAUGAAGAAUUCAGAAUAAUUUUGACAAAUGGAUUCCAAUAUGGGGAAUAAGAAUAAACUGAACAUUUGACCUGCUUUGAAGAACCAUACUGUCCAUUUGUCCAAAGUAAUCUCUAAUUAAUUAAUCAAAAUGAAUUCAACAUUAUUAGCUCAGGUUGAAAAUCAUUCAAUGUACUAUAAUAUUUCAGAGAAGAACUCCCAGUUUUUGGCUUUUGAAAAUGAUGAUUGUCAUCUGCCCUUGGCCAUGAUAUUUACUUUAGCUCUUGCUUAUGGAGCUGUGAUUAUUCUCGGGGUCUCUGGAAACCUGGCCUUGAUCAUAAUCAUUUUGAAACAAAAAGAGAUGAGAAAUGUUACCAACAUCCUGAUUGUGAACCUUUCCUUCUCAGACUUGCUUGUUGCCAUCAUGUGUCUCCCCUUCACAUUUGUCUACACAUUAAUGGACCACUGGGUUUUUGGUGAGACGAUGUGCAAAUUGAACCCUUUUGUGCAAUGUGUUUCAAUCACUGUAUCCAUUUUCUCUCUGGUUCUCAUUGCUGUGGAGCGCCAUCAGCUGAUAAUCAACCCACGAGGGUGGAGACCAAAUAAUAGACACGCUUAUGUGGGCAUUGCUGUCAUUUGGGUCCUUGCUGUGGCUUCUUCUCUACCCUUCUUGAUUUAUCAAGUACUGACUGAUGAGCCAUUUCAAAAUGUAACCCUCGAGGCAUUCAAGGACAAAUAUGUGUGCUUUGAUAAAUUUCCUUCGGAUUCACAUAGAUUGUCUUAUACCACUCUCCUCUUGGUGCUGCAGUAUUUUGGUCCACUCUGUUUUAUAUUUAUUUGCUACUUCAAGAUAUAUAUACGCUUAAAGAGGAGAAACAACAUGAUGGACAAGAUGAGAGACAAUAAGUACAGGUCCAGUGAAACCAAAAGAAUCAACAUCAUGCUGCUGUCUAUUGUGGUAGCGUUUGCAGUCUGCUGGCUGCCCCUGACCAUCUUUAACACUGUGUUCGACUGGAAUCAUCAGAUCAUUGCCACGUGCAAUCACAACCUGUUCUUCCUGCUCUGCCACCUCACAGCGAUGAUAUCCACCUGCGUCAACCCCAUAUUUUAUGGAUUCCUUAACAAGAACUUCCAGAGAGACUUGCAGUUCUUCUUCAACUUUUGUGAUUUCCGAUCUCGAGAUGAUGACUAUGAGACAAUCGCCAUGUCUACCAUGCACACGGAUGUUUCUAAGACUUCGUUGAAGCAAGCCAGCCCGGUUGCAUUUAAAAAAACUAAUGAUGAGAAUGAAAAAAUUUGAAAUGGUGUGCUGCAAAUCGUCCCAGAUGAUGCUGUUUAAAGGCCAGCACAACUUGCAACUGACUGUCACCGCUUAUUUCCCAAAGAAUGGGGUUUAGAGCAUUGAAAAGAGACCAAGAUUUCCUUGUCCUGCUUUUUACAGCCUUUGUAGUAGUUGUCCUAAUUACAUUUGGAACAAAAUGUAUGAGUUUUGGAAUCUUCUGGCAAUAGUUCUGACCAGACAACCUUUAAGUGCUUUUUGUAAAUUUACGCAUAUCAUAUAAAGAUUUCAUACUGUAUUUACUGGAAUGAAAUUUCUUUGUAAUAUUACUAGUAACUGAUUUUAGAAACACUACACUUGAUACUCUUAUUCAGCAGGCGAUCCUGAUGAGAUUAGACUGUCAAUAAGUUUGGCAGUUGGAAGGCAGUGACAGGUGUCUGUUGUAGAGGUGACAGCAUGAAAAGCAGCAUUUAGGGUGUGGACCUAAAAGAGUUCCUGUAUUGCCUGUCUACUGUGAGAAGCCAUUCAAAAUGGAUUUUACUUUUAUUUCAAGAAGGAGUUUAACUUGCUUCUACAAUUAAUUAUUAUUUAAGAUAAAAAUACAUAAAGAAUAUUUAUCAGCUGUGACUAGCACGGGGAAUUGGACUACCUUCAAGAACUGAGUGGGGGAGUAGUUCCCUAACUUCAAAAACUCUUGGUACCUGACAACCAAAGGAUUCAAAAAUACUUAGUUUGAGAAGUAAACGGAUAGUUGAAUUUGAGUUAUGGUCCAAAGAGAUGAGUUGAUGGUCAUGAGGUUUUUCAAUCUUUAGAGACUGUGCAGUGCCUGUCAGUCUUUCUAGCAUAAAUAUACAUGUAAUUCUAAAAGCAUUUCCAGCAUACAGUUUAUAAAGUCACUAAAUAUUUCCAUACAUCAGUGCUUAUAUGAUAAUUCAUUUUAUAACUUUCAAAGUUGAUCUUUCAAAGACAGGCAUCAAGGAACAAUGUUGGAAGAAUAACCACUCUGGCUAGAUACCUGAAAAUUUACCACACUUCUUACAGCCCAUGUUAACAUGUAUAAACUGUGUGCCUUGUGGAGUCUUACAAAUAAAUAUUGCACUGUAUAGAGUACUGAGCAGUUGUCAUGUUAAUAUACUUAAUUCUAUGUAUCCUGUAAUCAUGAUGGAACUUCAGUUAUUUGAAGAAAAAAUAUUUUAAAGACCAGGUUAUAUAUUUGAUGUAUUAUAUGAAAUAUCCAAAGUGUUACCUGUGUUUGAAUUUAGGAGGGGGCACUUCGUGUAUUAAAAUAGGUUUUACUUUC